AUGUCUGCAGAAGUCCCUGAGGCAGCCUCUGCGGAGGAGCAGAAGGAAAUGGAAGAUAAAGUGACUAGUCCAGAGAAAGCUGAAGAAGCAAAAUUAAAAGCAAGGUAUCCUCAUCUGGGACAAAAGUCUGGAGGUUCUGAUUUUUUAAGGAAACGAUUACAGAAAGAGCAAAAAUAUUUUGAUUCUGGGGAUUACAACAUGGCUAAAGCAAAAAUGAACAAGCAACUUCCUACUGCAACCCCAGGUAAGACAGAGGUCACUGGUGACCCAUUCCCACUCCACAGGACCUUCCUCAACGGAAACCAUCUCUUGUUGCUAGCAAACUGGCUGGCUGA